UAUAUCUCAGUCCGUGGAUCUGGUCCUUGUCGUACAGUAGCAAAUCGUUGAUCGUCCAGGGAACGCUUUUGCUGCGACUUUCGGCAGCUCCUGGCUACGACGCUCUUGUUUAUCAUCCGCCAUUUUGCGCAGCGCGUACUUUUUGCUCUCCUCCUAAGAGCUAUUCUCUCGUCUAGCUGUCUCUCUAGGUGUUGUAUAUAUCUCAUAACGCGCGCGCGAGCAAGAGAGGGAGAGCUGGCAGCAGUGCCGCUGGCCUAUUUUACAACCAUGAAUUCCAGUGGCUGACUUUGGAUACCCGAACGUGAGCGAACAAGCAACUCGUCCCGUUAAUUAAUCUUAAAGCCGUCGCCAACGUUGUCCACCGCGUGUGCGUGAUCAUGGCUUUGUCGGUGUUUGCUUGUUUGCUGACAAAUUGUCGACAACGAGUCUAGUUUUGCGCGACGUACACACGACUACUUGCCAGGCGCCGACUCAGCUUUACUGACUUUCACACGGUUGUGGCUCGUCAGCCGCCCGCCGCAUGCAGUCCACUUUUAUUUAGCUCCCAGUGCUCCGACUGCACCGAAAUGUCGGGCCAAAGUGGAGGGCAGAGGUUGCGAUUGUCAACAUUCAAUGAUGCGUUGACAUGUAAAUUAUGUGGUGGAUAUUUCGUAGAUGCCACAACGAUAAUAGAGUGCCUACAUUCAUUUUGUAAAAGUUGUAUUGUCAAAUACUUGGAAAACAAUAAGUAUUGUCCUAUUUGCAAGGUUCAAGUACAUAAGAACAAACCACUAUUGAAUAUUAGAUCUGAUCAAAUGUUGCAAGAUAUUGUUUACAAAUUGGUACCAGGCUGCUACCAAAAUGAGAUGCGAAAGCGUAAAGAGUUUUAUGACAAGCGACCACAAGAAAAAAGUAAGGUGACAUCUUCUGAAGCCAGGGGAGAACCAGAUGAUAGUUAUAUUUACUCUCCAGAUGAGUCAUUAAGUUUAUCAUUAGAGUAUUACUCUCCAGAAAAUAAAGAAGAUGUUGAAAAUAACAAAGAAGCUGUAUCAAAGCAUUUACCUAAAAGGUAUUUGCGGUGUCCAGCUGCUGUUACAGUUUUCCAUCUUCAAAAAUUGAUAAGAGCUAAAUAUGGCUUAAGUGAAGCUCAUCGAGUAGAUAUUAUGUACAAAGAAGAACCACUUAGUGCAAAUUAUACAUUAAUGGACAUUAUGUAUAUUUACCAUUGGAAAACGAAAGUGCCACUUCAUCUGAGUUAUAGAAUAUUUGAAUCAGCGUCAAAAAGAUUAAAAAUUUCAGAUGACAAUGAUGAGUUUAAACAGUCUCUCUUAAAUAGUAAUAUAGAAUUUGAAUCGAAGGAUAGUGAGCAAUCCAUGAAGCGUGAAUGGAAAGAGGUUCAGUUGAAAAUAUCUGAAACAGGCGUAAUGAGUGUGACGGAUAUAUCAAGCUUGGAUGGAAAAAAUAGUACAAAAAGUAAUGCAGCUAAUCAACAGAAUAAUUCAGAUCAGGCAGUUACAAACACCAGUAAUGUAAAUAAAAUCACAGUAAAAGAAGAAAAAGAAAUGACGAAGUCAACAGCAUUGUUGAAAAAUAAAAGAGCGCAUCAAGAGGUAAACAAGAAAAACGAGGAAACUUCGGACGCUAAGUCAAAUACAACGUCCGUGUCUAAGGACGAAGAGAUGGAAGUCCAGUCAAUCGACCACCAGCGUGAUUUGUCGAAUGAAAUAUUGAAAAACGAAAGCGAAAGUAAACAGUCGAAAGUGUCAAACAAUUCGUCAAACAAUAAGACCCAAACGCAACAACAGUCACAAGAUAAAGUAAAAACAGAACCGGUUAGUGCAUUUGAAAACCCGGAGGUUAAGCAGAAUUCAACUACCACCAACAAUAACGUCAUUAACAAUGAGGCCAAAUCCGAAGCAAGUGUAAAGCAAAAUGCCAAAUCAACGCCAAGUGCAGGCUCGAAGAUCAAUGCCCUUAGUGCAAAACUACAAUUUCAGCCAAAGGUUGGCCAAGUCAACAACACCUAUGCAAAAAAGUCACUUGUGGCUGAUAAAAAGGCGGGCUCUCCUUCAAAAGUCGUUGAUGUCAAAGCGCAAAAAACUUCACCAAAACCUGAAGUAAAAUCCGAGGAACCAAUUGACGUUAAACCAGCAGUCACCUGUGCGCCAAACUACUCGAGAAGCAGUCUUGCAGGCAUCGCAACGGCGCCAACUUAUGUUACAGCACCGAGCGAUACGUCGAUCAAAGUACCACAGCCUAACGACGUGUUGCAUUCUUUAGCCGCGUCUAGUACAGAAAGUCUAGCGUCGAUCGGAAUGCAUGUAUCAACAACGAUCCCGAGUCAGGUGAAUUUGAACAACUGGUUAGUACAACGUAACUCUGCCGUGAAGAAUGCAAAAGCUCUGAGUGCAGAUCAGCAGCUACGCUCGAUGCCCGGUAUGCCGCAUAUCGGUAAGGAUAUCGUGUGCUCGACCACUACUGUCACUACUCCGAGUACUCUGGGCCGAUUCAGUAUUCAGACGCCAUCGAUGAGCAUAUACUCGAUCACCACGUCUAAAAACAACUACAGUAGUCCGCCUAAGCAACCGAGUCCCAAGCAGUCCGGUCUCGACGUUACCAACAUGUUUUCCGUGCCGCCUUGUCCCGACGGUAUACCUAUCUCGCUCAUGAAGUCACUGAACGCCCGCAAGGAUGUACCCAAAGGUUCGUCUCUCGAUAAGAACGCCAGACAGAGCGCCGGCUCGAAGAUCAAUGACAUUUGCGCUAAAAUCGGCGAAAGUUCCAAGGAAAAGAAUAAGAUCGAGUCUCAGCGUGGUAAGCCAGAGGUUCCCGAUCUUUUAAAAAUCUCAAAGAGUCCUACAAGCGAAAGUGGUCCUGUGAAGCAUAUACCUAAUAUCCCUAACGUGCCGAUUUACACGCCGAGCAGUAGUCCGGCAGUAGCACUUAGUAACGAACCGAAUAAGCUCGUAACUUCGACUAUGUCUCAGGCCAUGAUAAACUCACAGUUGCAAAAAAUGCAGCCACAAAAGAAGCACUUACAGCCUGUCGGUUACAAAACGCUCAGGGAUCCGCCAAAAUCUUGGAAUCCUACAUUGUCGAAAAAUAAUUAUGUUGCCGUCAAGAAUCAGGCGAAGGAACUUCAAAAUCAAACGCAAGCAGCUUACGGAGUCAGCGAUGGAAGUAACGUCUCCAAACAGAUACCUUCUAAGCCUGCAAAGAUUUUCAAAAUCAAAAAUAUGCCACGUUAUUUGGGUAACCCGGCAUCCGGUGUGAAACCAAUGUACAGCGUAGUUAACGAACAGGCGAAGGAAAAAGACCAAUCAAGCAGCUCAAAAAAUAGCGCGACAAUGAUGAAGAUCGAUCCUCAAACAUUGUCGCCAAUAGUCUCGAAUCCCAACUCGCCGAUAGUUUCGCCACCGCCAUACUCGCCGACAGCACGCAGUUAUCAGAACAGCCCGUUCUCACGCGAUAUCCGCAAUAGCAGCUCGCCGAUCUCUCCGCGAAACUCGCCGGUGAAUAUGCUUUCGACGAACCCGUUCAUCCCGUCGCACACGCCUAACACCAAUCCACGCCUGAUCUAUUCACACUUUCCGCCGGCACACUUCUCUGACGCCACUCGCUUCGCCAAUCCGCUCAUCAGGUCGCCCAUCGGCAUGUCAACUGUAACCCCAAGUGCCUUCCACAGCAGCCUGCCGCCCGCAAUCAACAAGCUCUACCAGCGCUCCGGCUACCUCGCGCCACAGACCAGUGCUGCGCCCGCGGUGCAACGGGUUCCACCCAGUAGCCCUUCGUCGAAAGCCAAGUCGCCGCCGACCUCCUCCGAUGUCGACACCAUUGCCAUGCAGUUGGCUAAAGGUCUCGCGCACAACGCCUUUGAUCUCACUAGAGCUGAACUAACUAAGUCGUCCGACAAUGGCAACAAGCAGACGCAGCCGCAGCCAGCGCACAAAUCCAGUGACGCCAAGCCAAAGUCAAGUCCAAAUGCUAAGAAACCUAGCGGAGAUCAGGUAGUUAAACAAAACGAUAUCUCCGAAGUUAAAACAUCAGAACCCGAGUCAAAAACGACAGCAGGGCCAGCUGCUGCUAUUGCCGCUCCAUCGGCUACUAAGGAGGCCGAUAAAACAGAGAAAAGCUCUAAAGUCAAUGGAGGUAUUGCUGAGACAACGGUAAACAGUGAGAAACUCAAAGACGGAGAUUCGACGCAACAGAGUAAAGAGAAAAGUGUAGUGGAGAAUAAAAUUCCUGUAGAAACUACGGAAAACAAAUCGGACGUUAGUAAAAACGCCAACGUUGCGAAGGAAGGUGAUAAAGUUGAUAUGAAGAAAACGAUCGACACUCCGGAUAAUAAGCAGGAAAUAAAAAUUGAAAAUUCAGAAAAGAAAGGUGAUACUCUUGCAAAACAUGUCGCAGCAGAGCCACAGAAAGGCAAAAUCGAAUCGUAAUGGACAUUCAAUUUUG